AUGGCAACCAACCUACAAAAACAGUGGCGUGUCACAAGAACAGACCGAACCUGUAAUGAACUCCAGCUUGUGGAUGCACCCGUCCCAACCCUUGGAGAAAACGAAGUACUUGUCAGAAUUCACGCGGUGUCCCUAAACUUCCGCGACUUGAUGAUCCUGAGGGGAGACUACCCUUUCCCUCUUCAUCUACCUGUCGUACCUUGCUCGGACGGGGCUGGUGAAGUCGUGGCGAUUGGAAGCAAAGUUAAGCUGUGGGCCAAGGGUGAUCGAGUGAUUACGCUCCUUAGUCAAGCCCACCUUUACGGCCCGGCCACUCCGGUUUCGAUGGUAUCAGGCCUUGGUGGGAGCCUCGAUGGGACUCUGCGUCAGUACGGCGCGUUCAAUGAACAAGGCCUCGUUCGAGCUCCCCGGAACUUGACUUAUCGAGAAGCUAGCACGCUUGUUUGUGCAGGUGUUACAAGCUGGAACGCGCUUUAUGGCUUGAAACCGCUCCGACCUGGGCAGUGGGUUCUAAUUCUGGGUACCGGUGGGGUGAGCGUCUUCGCGUUACAGUUUUCGAAAGCAGCGGGUGCCACGGUCAUAGCGACCACCUCAUCUCAGAGCAAAGUAGAGGCUCUCAAAGAACUAGGAGCGGACUUCGUUAUCAACUACAAGGAUGAACCCGCAUGGGGACAGAAAGUGAAAAGCUUCACUCCAAACGGGCGGGGAGUUGAUCACAUUAUCGAAGUCGGCGGCGUGGGAACUCUGAGUCAGAGCCUGGGGGCGAUCGCUUGCGAGGGCGUUAUCAGCUGCGUUGGUUCUGUUUCCGGUGAUAUAUCCGAGAGCGGAAACCUUCCCACCAUGCUAGACUGCUGGCUCAACAACUGCAUUGCCCGUGGAGUAGCGGUGGGAUCAAGAGCACAGAUGGAGGAUAUGGUGGCCGCUAUCGAGGCUAAUGGCGUCCAUCCUCUGGUGGAUGAGAGGUUGUUUAAUCUACACGAAGCGAAGGCCGCAUUCGAACACUAUUCUCGGAAUGCAAACUUUGGCAAAACGGUCAUCAUCCUCGAUUAA